AAUUGCACCACCUUUUUUUGCAGUUUUUUUUUUGUUUGCUUGUUGUACAUCAUGAAACCUUGGUUAUGGAGCAGUAUACUGCUACUGCUAUUUGCAGCACACGCUUCAGCGCAACAUCACACCAUGGUGGACGAGGAACUUCCUCCGUUCAAUGCUACCGGUGAAGAACCAAUGUCGUACGCAUUGUUCCCAGAUAACAAAGGUUAUUUCUACAUGCACGUCGGAUUCAUGGUUCUGGCAUUUUGGGUUUUGAUGCCUAUUGGUAUCAUGUUUGGCAUUGCUCGAUCCUCCUUACAUAUCCCCACACAGAUUCUCGCGUUUGGUGUCGCUAUGCUAGGUUUCUUCUUUGGCCAAAUGUAUGGCCACUCCGUACCGCACUUGUAUGCUGGUAAUGUGCAUCAUUCCAUGGGUUGGAUUCUGUUCCUGUUCAUGAUCGCCCAAUUGUUUGUUGGCGUUGUGAGAAAAAUCUCAAAGGUGGUUGGUCGAAAUCAAGAAUCCCAGUAUAACCGCUUGGAAACUGUCCAUUUGAUGAACCGUCCCUCCUCUUCCAGCUCGGACGACCAUCAUCACGACCAUCACAGUGAGGCUUCCUCUGCUGAAACUCUUAAUAAUUUUUACGAUGAAAACGACCAUGACCACGAUAAUGACAGCUUUGGAAAACAGCAUUUGGCUCCAUCUGACGAAGAGCUGUUGGACGAAGAUCCGAUUACGAUGGCGUACGAAAAGCCUCCCCUCUAUAUGCGUGCCUUUAAUGCUGUGUCACCUUACAUUCCCAACUUUAUGAAGAAAUUUGUGGUGGUACUGGCCUACAAUUCCAUCAUCUGUCGCUAUAUCCACCUGGUGCUGGGUCGCACUUUUAUUGUGCUUAUAUUCAUUCAAACUUUGAGUGGUCUAGUUGUCUAUCAUGGUGUUUGCAGAUCAUGGGAUGUCCUCGGUUGCAUUGCUCACCUGAUCAAGGGUGGCAUUUUCUUCUUCUACGGUAUGAUGACGCUUGGUCGUUACCUCGGUGCGUUCGCCGAAAGAGGCUGGGCAUGGAACCGUGUGGACGGUGGCAGUCGUUUCAGUUUUGAAAUGAUCGAAAGUGGACUGAUUUUCACCUACGGUAUUACCAAUACUUGGAUGGAGCAUUUUGGCCAAGACUCAGCGUGGACCCAUAAAGAUCUCGAGCACGCCAGUUUAGCAUUCAUGUGGUGGUGGUGUGGAUUGGCCGGUAUUCUCGUUGAAAGUCGUGCUCUGCGCCGUUUGUUGGAACGUUCAGUAAUGAAUACUCCUUUGGAUGUUCCCAAGCAUGAACCGCACCAGACCUAUUCGCUGAAUCCGUUCCCCGCCUUGACUGUUCUUAUGACCGGUAUUUCCAUGGGUAACCAUCACCAGGAUUCGCAGUACUCCACCAACGUCCAUUAUAUGUGGGGUCUUUUGCUGUCCUUGGCAGCUUGUUGCCGUUUUAUCACCUACAUUUCUCUGUACCGCAAGUCACCGAAAGGAACCCAACCUACCCGUCCUCCAAGCGAAUUGCUGGGUGCAUUUUUACUGAUUGCCGGAUCGAUUUUAUUCAUGGCUUCCAACUCCGGUACUUUGACGUGGCUUCGCCGUAAUCAGGUGGACUCAAUGUUCAUGAUGAACGUUUGUGUCGCACUCACAUCCAUGACUAUGUGCUACGUUACUGGAUUGAUGAUUAUCAAGGCCUGGUCCAAGAAGCGUGAAGACAGAAAGACGGCUCAUCUUCGCAAGAACCAUGCCAAUAACAAUAUUGCCAUCGCAUAAUCAUUGAAACAUAUCAUCGGAUAUCCUCGUACGGCUUUCGCUUUUCAUCUAAUCUAUUCUUAUUAAUCCUUAUUUUGCUUCAUCGCACUUUAGCUAGCUUUGAAGCAAUGUAGAUAAGCCUUAUUUGUAUAUUUAUUCCUUGUCUAUUGUCUAUUUUCUAUUCAAUAAAAAAAAUGACCGGCUUCAUGAUUGAUCAAUUUCUCCA